GCCGCUGCUGCGCCUCUCGUUCGGAACCGGGUCGAGCCCCACCUGUCAGCGACGAGCCGCCUCGCCGCCGGGGGCAAUCCCACUGCUAGGGUUCAAGCUCCCGGCCAUGGCACCGCCGCCGCCGUCCGAGCAGCCGGACGCCGCCGCUCCCGGGGCCGGCGCGAUCUCCAGGGUCCUGAUCGUCAUGGCGAUGGAGAAGGAGGCGACGCCGCUCGUCAACAAGUUCAAGCUCGUCGAGGCGCCGGCCAGCGAAUCCAUAUUGUUGCGUCACCAGAAUGAGCUAUCAAAAUUGUACCGAUUAAGUGCCGGUGUUCAUUCAGCACGGUUCACCACACGAUUUCCUAAAGGUGCCCCAUGGACUAGGUUCUAUGGCUGCUACAAAGAUCUCCACCUUGACCUUGUCAUGCCUGGAAAGGAUGCUGUUUUUGGAGUUGACAGUGUUGGUACUGUAUCAGCAGCCCUUGUGACUUAUGCUUCCAUUCAAGCAUCGAAGCCAGACCUUAUCAUUAAUGCUGGAACUGCUGGUGGCUUCAAGGCCAAAGGAGCAAGCAUUAAAGAUAUCUUCCUAGCAUCAGAUGUUGCAUUCCAUGACAGGAGGAUACCUAUACCUGUUUUUGACAUGUAUGGAAUUGGAGCACGGAAAACUUUUGCAGCCCCUAAUAUCUUGAAGGAACUCAAUUUCAAGGUUGGCAAGUUGUCGACUGGGGAUUCUCUGGAUAUGUGUUCCGAGGAUGAGGAGGCUAUACUGAGCAAUGAUGCUACAAUCAAGGAUAUGGAGGGAGCAGCGGUGGCGUACGUUGCGGACAUGUUCUCAACUCCAGCAAUCUUUGUGAAAGCCGUGACUGAUAUUGUGGAUGGGGACAAGCCAACAGCAGAAGAGUUUCUGAAUAACCUGAUCUCGGUGACAGCAGCACUGGACGUGGCAGUCACCAAAAUGGUGGAUUUCAUCUGCGGGAAACGCAUCUCUGAUCUUUAGAAACUCCAACUGCCUCUCCAUGCUGUUUCCCGGUCGGCAGAAACUGAAUAUGCUCAUGAAUCGAAGAUCACCCCUUUGCUUUGAUGCACAAUACAAGUAGGAUACAAUACAAUUAGUCUGUAUGAUUUACUUUUGGAGGGGUUCUGUAUGUGAGGUUUUACAUUCUUAACACCCCGUGUGCAAAAUUCUGGUCGAGCCGUGGUGUGGAAUUUUGUAGAAUAAUUUGCGAGCCAUACUUUUCUUGCGGAAAUAAAAUGCGAUGUGCUUGGGAAGCUUUCCA